UGUUAGAGAGAAAACUUGUGUUGUUCAGUGUUGUGACUUUUUACACUUUUUUUUGCAAUAAUAAUUGUUAAUUAAUUAUAAAUUGUUAAUAAAUCGAUUAAUUAAAUUAUUCUGAACAAAAUGUGAUAUAAAUUAUUGCUGACUUUUGUGAAUUUUGGCCAAAAUUAAUGGACAUGUCAAAGCUUUUGGAGCUGACAAAGGCAGCUAUUUAUUUGUUAAAUAAUGGACAAAUGAUACAUAACAAGAAGUGUUGGUAAAAAUCUGAUGUGCUUUUGCAAUUAAUUAAAAAACAUUGUUCAAAAUGAGACUAAACAAAUGACAAAAAUGGUUUGUCAUUGUAGCCAAGAUGGUUUUUGAGUACAUUGCAUCAAAUUCAUUCAUGGCUAAAACAUUCGUUUUGCCAAUACAUGUAACAUCAUAUUUAAACAAUGAAAAGAGACUGCUUUAUUUACAACAACCAGGACUAAAAUGUUUAAAAUACAACAUGAACAAUAGCAAGCAAAUGGUUAUAGUGUUAAAAGUGUCAUAAAGUACGUCGUUGAUUUGAAUUUGCGCUAUCAAGUGAUCGUUAAAAAUGAAUCAAAUUGUUUAUAAACUAUUAACAAUCCUCUACCAGUACACUUGAACCAGCAACAAAAUGAAUAAAAACCAAUCAUCAAGACUUGAUAUACGUAUGCUUCAACAAUGAUAAUGAAAAAUCAUUACUUGAUUAUGUACAUGCUGCAUGUUCAAUUGAAUUCAAAGAAUGUCAAGUUUAAAUGAAAUCCAACACCUUAUGAGUUAUUUAAUAUGAUUUUAUCAAUCUUUUACUGGAGCAAUUAAUAACAUCACAUGGUUCUGGUAUCAAUGACUCUUAGACUCUAUCUAAUGUACCACUUGUUGUUGUUAUUGUUCAACAUUUACCAAUUUAUUCAUUGAAAGAGUCAUUGGAAAACAGUUGAUGUUGCUCAUAAAUCAUAACAUGUUGGGUUCGUGCGUAUAAAAGAAUAUACCGCCUCUACUGAAGAGCUUGCCUCUAUCAGAGCGCUUGCCUCAAUAGCAACGACGUGUAUAUUAUCAACUCAACACUCAACAGACAAUUUGAGAUCUUCUUUUGAAAUUGGUCUCUACUCUCUUGCCACUUUCAAAUCAUAACAAAAAUUUUAUUAUCAAGUCAAUAAUUAUAUCAACAUUAAGUGCUUUAUAAACAAUACAAGUCAAUAUGUGUUAUUAUUUUUUUUUACACUUACAAGUGGUUAUGAAAAGUAGUGAAAAGUAUAUUUGAAAAAGUUUUGGUGAAAAGUGAUGAUGAUCAUAGUUUUGUAUGUGUAGUGGAGUGUAGUGAGUUGUGUAGUGCUUGUGUUUCAUUAUUGAACCUGUUGAUGAUGAGGUUGAAUCAUCACAUGAACUACAUGGAGUACAUCAUCAUCUGGUCUUCAUGGAGUGCAGUAUCCUGAGCAAUUUUGAUGAUCAACGUGGGAAGAUGAACAUCCGUUUAAAAGGCGCUGGUGAAGCCGCGUGACUCCAGCCUCCCUUGUAAGAAUUGCUGGCAUCUACUCACUAUCACUUGGAGGAUCCACUGUGUCGCAAAUCCAGUCCACAAAUACCCAGACUCACUGUCACUUGGGGAUUCCACUGUGUCAAAUUCAGUCUACAAAUGCCCAGAGCAAUUUUGGAUACAAAAUAUGGCCUGAAACGUUGGCAAAUUGGUGAAAUAGCAUCAAAAAUUGGCCAAUUAUAUUAUCAUUAUUAUUUACGUACAUCUGAAACAAGUUAUUUACAUGAAGCAUAUUCAUUUUAUGCUGCAAUACGUGGACGUGCAUAUUACAGUAGAGCAGCUAAAGAAGAUCGUAGUGAUUUAAUGGUAAAAAAAUUACGAUAUUAUGCACGUUUUAUCGUUGUUUGUUUAUUAUUAAAUAAAAUGAAAUUAGUACGUGAAUUAAUACAAGAAUUAGAUUUACAAAUUGCUGAUUAUGCAUCAACAUAUGAACCAGAAGAUCAAGUUGAAUGGAAUUUAGUAUUAGAUGAAAUUAAAAAUUUUGUUAAAGCUGAAUCAGCUGUUGGUGUAUUACAUAAUGAUGCAAAUCCAAUAAUAUUAACACAUAGACUUGGUCCAUUAACAUCACCACCAAUUGAACAUUCACCACCAAUGUGCCUAACAUUACAAGAAAUAUUAAUUGUUGGUAAUUGUUCAGAUCAAGUUAAAUUCAGUGAAUUAUCAGUUGAUAUGUUUAGAAUGUUACAAACAUUAGAACGUGAACCACGUGAUGAUCCAACACAUUUACAUGAUGCAUCACCAGCUGGUAGAUUACCAUUUAGACCUGGUCCAUAUCCAGCUGAAAAUGGUAUAUCAAGAAGAGAUAAUCCACAUAAAUAUUUAUUAUAUAAACCAACAUAUAGUCAAGUACAAGUAUUUUUAGCAAGUGGAUUUAAAGAACUACCAGCAAAUGGUGCAUUAUUACUUUAUUUAUCUGCUGAUGGAUGUUUUUCAACAGUUAAACAUCCUGAAGAGAUGGGAUAUGAUCUUGGUGGUGUUUCAACAAGCAGUAAAAGAGAUCCAGAACAUGGUAAAAGAACAAGUGGUGGUAAAGAACCACAUUGUCUUUAUCCAGGUGAUCUUUAUCCAUUUACAAGAAAACCAUUAUUUGUUGUUGUUGAUUCUGAUAAUAGUUAUGUAUUUCAACAAAUACCAAGAUAUUUUGGUCAACCACUUAUGGUACUAAUGUCACCACAAGAAACACCAUCAAUAUUACGUGAUUUACGUCAUGGUGGUAGUCUUUUUACAUUAUUUCUUCAUUCACCACUUGCCGCCUUUUGCCUUAUAUGCAAUGUUGGAAGUCUUGCUGUUCAUCAUUGGGAACGUUGCCAAGGAUAUGUUGAACGUUUUCUCAUUGAAGCUUGUCGAUUAGUCAUACGUUCCAGAUGUGAAAGCAGUAUUUUGCAGUUUUUUGGUGAUGAUUUUCUUCGAUUAUUACUUUUACGUUAUGUAUUUUGUGAUAUUGUAUUACAUUUACAUCGUUCAUUUCGUGGACGUCAUCAACGACCAUGUUGUCAUCCACAAUUACCAGAAGCUGAAGUAUUACAACAUCCAGCAUUACAUCAUAUUGUCAUGGAACUUGCAUCAUGUAUUGAUGCACGUGAUAAUUUUACUGAUAACAAUGAAUUAGCCUGACCCCGGUAUAAUCAACAUUAUGAUAAUAAUUAUGAACGUAAUUAUGACACAAAUAAUACAUAUAAAAAAUACCAAAAUUACGAUUAUGAUGAUUAUUACAAUUACAAUAAAAUCGUUAAAUUGAGACCUCAUUAAAAAUUAACAAAAAAAAAAAAAAAAAAUUACGUGAGUCUCAAAAUUCAUUAUUAUAAUAUAUUUUAUAAUAUAUAAUUAUUAAAAUUUAUUUUAUUUAUUUUAUUUCAACAAUAAUAAUAACAAUAAUAAUAUUUUUAUUAGUUUAAAAAUGUUUUAUUUACUCAAUAUAUAAAAUUAAUUUUUAAUUUUUUUGAAAAUUAAUCUUUAAUAUAUUUCAAAUAUAUAUUUAUUUAAAAGAAUAUAUAUAUUAAACAAAAAAAAAAAAAAAAUAAUAAAUAAAUAAAGUUAUAAUUUUAUAAACUCAAUAAACCCGUUUACCUAAAAAAUGUGAUAAUCAAGAUAUAAAAAGAAAAUUUAUUGGGAAA